AUGGAGGGCAUGCAAAAGCUCCCUCUGGAGCUUCGUGAGGCCGUAUGGAAAGAAUGUCUGCCAGACCCAGCCACCUCAGAGGUCUACUUCUAUGACCGCAGCCACUUUGGACCGGACUCAACGACAGGCGGAGACGACAAAGCAGGGAGCCUUGCCAGGUUCAAGGUGGUUGUAGACUAUCCUGUCAUCCUGCAUGUCAGCCACGAGUCUCGUUGCUUCGCUCUGAGAAGCGGCAUCUCCUUCCAGUGGUUUCGGCGGCGGCUGCCCCGGCCGUCCACAGAGGCUGCGGCACAGUCGAAUCACGUGCUACUCCCUUGUCGACAAUACCGGCCGGAGACUGAUAUCUUCUUCCUUACUGAGGAUGUCCUUGGCGACAUGUUGGAAGUUGACGAUCGACAGCGCAAUGAUCCUGCUGGCGUCUUCCAGAGCAUUCGCCACCUGGCAAUCGGGUCGUGGCACUUAACGGAUGACGUGGCCAUCGACUUCUGGCAGGCCGACUUCCUUUGCGCACUUCCCUCCCUGCGCCUUGUUUCGGUCGUGUUCGACCACUACUGGGGCCUUGAUGCGUCAAAAGACGUGGAGGGGUUCAAAACCUUCCGCCAUUUCAGGCUGGCCCCUUACACCUGCGAUACGGCCAUGAUUUGUCCUGGUUCUGAGGAGGAGGGGCUUGACUUCAUCCCGGAGCUGGGCCUGAGGAUUGUGCCCGACUUCAUAAGAGAUCUCAACGACCGGCUAUCUUCGGUCCAACCUCACGAGGACAACGCUCCAUGGAACGCAAAGAUGGAUGGAUGGUUAUUCAGAUUCUUUGCGAAGAAAUUCGUUCUGGCUUAUGGAUAG